CUGGCCAUUUAAUCUGCCUGCAUGUUUCUUCCCCAGGAACCUACCCACUUCCCCACCAGGUCAGGGAGUCUGACCCCAUGACUGCACUUGACCCAGGGAACACCCCAGCUCAGAGGCUUCCAUGGGAUCCCCACCCUGUACCCAGUGGGAGGAGAGUCAGGGUGGGAGGAAAUUCUUCCACAUCAUGUUGACUUCCUGGUCCCGGGUCAAAUUCCACUGGCCUUGCCAGUUAAAUUCCCAGUUAACUCUGGGGUUGGUUACACUGCUAGAAAGGAAGGAGGAGGGCAGGCCUGGGGCUUUCCUUCUCUGAGUAUCAGUUUGGUCACCUGUAAAGUGGAAAAGCACAUCCACCAAUGAACAGGUAGCAAGGGUGUACAGCCACGCUGGGGUGGGUUAGAGUUAUAGCCCAUUUUACAGGUGAGAUGAAGCUGCUUGGCCGAGCCAGGGUGCAAUCCAAGGUCUGAGAGCUGCGCCUGAGUGUCUGGGCCCUGCACCAGGGGGCUGGAAAAAGCCCACGGAGGCUUCACCCCCCUCCUCCCUUCUUCCCUCCUAACUUCCUUCCUCCCUCCCUCCCUCUUCUGGAGACCAGGAGACUAAUGGAGGGCCGGGACCCCAGGCUGUCAGCUGGGAUGGAGCCCUAGGGUUCUAGCUUCCAGCUCCGGGGCUUGGCCACUUCAUUGGCUGGUGACCUGUGCAGAAACUGCCCCGGGGCUCCACGCUUAGCUCAGCGUUCUGCUGUUGGCACUUGAAAUUCUUUUUUUUUUUUUAACAAGGGGCUGCGCCUUUUGCACUAGACCUCACAAAUCAUGUAACCAUCUGUGCCAGGGAGUCUGGGUGACCCAGGACAGUCCCUCUCCCACCCCCAGCCUUCUCAGGAGAGACUGGAGACCUGGCACCUGGCCCACCUGCCUUUUGUGCCCUGCCUCCCCCUACCGGGUGCCAGGUGGGCCCAGAAGCCUCUGCAGGUGUGGGAGGAGAGCCCUGGGCUGGGGGGCAGGGAGCACGCCCUUGGGAGGGAGCAGGCUGGCAGCUGAGCCACAGCUGCUGGCCCAGCAGCCGGCGAGUGCUUGUGAGCAGGUGUUGGGCAGAGGGACGAUCCACCAGCUACUUCCUCCAGGCAGAUGAAGGUGACUGGUGACUGGAUCUGGGCCUGCUGACAGCUCUCUGGACCCCCUUCUCUGCCACUACAGUUCCUACAGCUUCCGGGAGAUGAGGAAACUGAGGCUCAGAGAGGUCACAUGGCUUGCCCGAGGCCCCUCAGCCAGUGUGACCCCACACCCCUGCCCCCUGGGCCACCUGCAGGACGCUGGCCCCUGCCCCUCAGCAGACGCCGGAGAGAGAUGAGUAGCAACAAAGAGCAGCGGUCAGCAGUGUUCGUGAUCCUCUUUGCCCUCAUCACCAUCCUCAUCCUCUACAGCUCCAACAGUGCCAAUGAAGUCUUUCAUUAUGGCUCCCUGCGGGGCCGCACCCGCCGGCCCGUCAACCUCAAGAAGUGGAGCAUCACGGACGGCUACACCCCCAUUCUCGGCAACAAGACCCUGCCCUCCCGGUGCCACCAGUGUGUGAUUGUCACCAGCUCCAGCCACCUGCUGGGCACCAAGCUGGGCCCUGAGAUCGAGCGGGCCGAGUGCACAAUCCGCAUGAAUGACGCACCCACCACGGGCUACUCAGCCGAUGUGGGCAACAAGACCACCUUCCGCGUAGUGGCCCAUUCCAGCGUAUUCCGUGUGCUGCGGAGGCCCCAGGAGUUUGUCAACCGGACCCCUGAAACCGUGUUCAUCUUCUGGGGUCCCCCAAACAAGAUGCAGAAGCCCCAGGGCAGCCUGGUGCGCGUCAUCCAGCGGGCAGGCCUGGUGUUCCCCAAUAUGGAGGCUUACGCCGUCUCUCUUGGCCGCAUGCGCCAGUUUGAUGACCUCUUCCGGAGUGAGACAGGCAAGGACAGGGAAAAGUCCCACUCGUGGCUGAGCACAGGCUGGUUCACCAUGGUGAUUGCGGUGGAGUUGUGUGACCAUGUGCACGUCUAUGGCAUGGUCCCCCCCGACUACUGCAGCGGCCUCGCCUGCAGCGCAUGCCCUACCACUACUAUGAGCCCAAGGGGCCGGACGAGUGUGUCACCUACAUCCAGAAUGAGCACAGCCGCAAGGGCAACCACCACCGCUUCAUCACGGAAAAGAGGGUCUUCUCGUCCUGGGCCCAGCUGUACGGAAUCACCUUCUCCCACCCCUCCUGGACCUAGGCCACCCUGCCUGUGAGACUCUCACAAGGGACACAGGAGAAGUGGGUCUCUGCCCAGCUGCUCGACCAAGGGCCAUCGUCUGGCUAAUCAAGGCUGGUCAGAGUGUCUUCUGGCCAUUCAGGCCUUGAAGAGGAUAUAAUCUCCAGGCAUUCCGGGCCUGGGGGUAUCUCUUGGCCAAUCAGGGAUUUGGGCUUCUAUGUGGUUAGUCGGGUGUCGAGGGUAUUUCUUGUCCAGUCAGGGUCUGAGCAUAGUCAAUCAGGGUAUUUCUGAGUAAUCUGAGGCUAAUGUCGUGUCCUUUCCCAUGAGGCCUUGGUUCAGAGCCCCAGGACGGACUCCAAAUCACUUCCUAUUGGUUGGGACAGUGGGGUCCUGUCCCAAGGAGCUGGGAACUCGUGUCGACCCCUCACUCCCCAGAGCCAGAAAGAGGUUGUGUGGCGGUGGGAGCUGUCUGGAGCCCAGGCAGGGGCAUCUGUGGGGUUAGGGGGGUUCCAGGCGUGGGAGGCUGGUGUCCGGUUCUUGACUCUGCCCUGAGUGGCCUUGGACAGACCCCUUGCCCCCUCUCUGGGCAUCCUUCUGCCUGUGUCAGGUUCUAGAGUCUGAGAACCCUCCCACUUCCCCCAACGACCACCUUGGGUCUGUCCUCCGUCAAGAUUGGACCCCUCCAGCCACCACCCCUUGCCGGGGGUCUCAGCUCUCUGAGGGUCUGGGGUUCCCUUCCCCACCUCCUCCUGGAAACUUGAGGAUAUUUUUGCGCAAACUCUCCCAGGCUUUGGGGGACUCUGAAAAGAAGGGACAAACCUUCAGCUGUUUUCUUAGCCCUUCCGCCCAGCUGCCAUUAGCGUGGCUCUUAAAGAGCCAGGCCCCCUUUUCUGCCAUCCAGCAGUGAGGUUUUCCACCUGUUGGAGGAGCCCUUGGGGCUGAGAGAGGGGGGAUCACAGCCCAACUGAGGUUUCCUGCAGCCCCUUUGUCUGCAGCUGCUGGAGUAGUCCAAGGGUCUCCCCCAGCUGGGCCUGGGAAUGCUCUAGGGGGCUGGGAGCUGUUGCUGAGUUCUGUCCCCUCCCUCUACAUCAGGCACUUUAUUGCUGGACUUCAGUGGGGUGGGUUUAAUCCCUGCUCUUCUGGAGUCUUGAGGAGAAGACUGGGGGAGGCUGUGGAAUGGGACGAGUCAGGCGGAGGAGGAGGAGGCCAGCAGUGAGCCACUGCACACUGGGACAAGGGGUGGGGGCCGGUGACUACCCUAGACUUGGUUUUGUAAUGAUUUGUACAGGAAUAAACAUACCUAAGCUCCG